GUGCUGUUUUCAGAACGCACGUCCACGUCUUUCUGUAUCUCUUUCUCCAUAUUUUUAUGCUUAAAGCUGCAGCCAUACUUAGAUAAAAUGGCUUUUCAAUCUCCAGGAAGCAAGUUGGCACUAACUCACAAGCAUGAUUGGCUGAUUCUUGUGCUUCUUGCGAUUAUUGACGGACUCUUGAAUUUGAUAGAACCAUUCCAUCGCUAUGUUGGGGAACAUAUGAUGACAAAUCUUAUGUUCCCAUUCAAAAAAGAUACCAUACCCAUGUGGGCUGUCCCUAUCCUCUCUAUUUUUCUCCCCAUUCUUAUCUUCAUUGGGUUUUACUGUUCCAGAAAGGAUAUCUAUGAUUUACACCAUGCCAUAUUAGGUAUCAUGUUUUCUAGCUUAAUCACGGGAGUCAUCACAGAUUCCAUUAAAGAUGCCGUUGGUAGACCACGACCAAACUUCUUCUACCGGUGUUUCCCUGACAAAAUUCCUGCGUAUGACAAAGACACUGGUGAUGUUCUUUGUACUGGGAUUAAGGCAGUUAUAAAGGAAGGAUACAAAAGUUUUCCAAGUGGGCAUACUUCAUGGUCCUUUGCUGGUCUUGGUUUCCUUUCAUGGUAUUUAUCAGGGAAAAUUAGAGUGUUUGAUCGUAGAGGCCAUAUUGGGAAACUAUGCCUAGUCUUGCUUCCUUUGCUUAUAGCUGCUCUUGUGGGAGUUACUCGAGUUGAUGACUACUGGCAUCAUUGGACUGAUGUGUUUGCUGGAGGCAUCAUAGGACUUGUAGUGUCUUCAAUUUGCUAUUUGCUACUCUUUCCCUUGCCUACUCUACCACAUGGUUGGGCACCUCAUGUAUUUUUUUAUAUGAGGGAAGAAAUGCCAUCUUCCCGUGGAGAAACCCAAACUUCACAUCACUCAAAGUUAGAUGAGUUGCCCCUGCACUCAAUGGAAAUGGAAAGUGGAAGAUAUAUCUGAUGAAUUCUUUUACCAAAUAAUAAUAAUAACAUCUAUAUUGAUAUUUUUGACCAAAUGAAUAGUCACUUUAUAGAAUUUAGGCAGUGUAAUUUAUAUCUAAGGAUACAUCUAGUUAGCUUAAUACUGUAGCUUCCUUG